UAAAAUAAAUUUUCAUCAAUUUUCAUUGAAAUCGUUGUAAAUUUAGAAAUGUUGAUUAACAGAAAUACUAAAAUAAUUGGCAGUAAAGUCAUUUUGAUACCAUAUAAAAAGGAACACGUAGAAAAGUAUCACAGAUGGAUGCAAUCGCCGGAAUUAUUGCGGUUAACUGGGUCAGAACCGUUAUCAUUACAACAGGAGUAUGAAAUGCAGAAUUCUUGGAUGGUCGAUGCUAAUAAGUGCACUUUUAUAGUUCUUGAUAAGGAAAAAUACCAACAUACCAGAGACGAAAUAGAAUCAAUGAUUGGUGACACAAAUUUGUAUUUCAUGGAUACUGAAACAACAUUAGCAGCAGAAGCAGAAAUAAUGAUUGCUGAAGAAUGGGCUCGUGGAAAACACUGUGGUAUUGAAGCCAUGGCCAUAAUGUUAUGGUACGGAAUCGAGCAAUUAGAUGUGAAACAUUUCCUUGUACGCAUUUUGGAUGAUAAUGUGGCUAGUAUAAAAUUGUUUGAAAAGUUAGGUUUUAUUCAGACAGUAAGAAGUGAAGCCUUUAAAGAAGUUACAAUGGAAAAAGUUGUGGAUCUUGUUUUUAUUGAAUUUUUAAAGGUUGUGUUUGGUUCUGUAGCAGUGACAGUUUAUAAAAGUGAUGAUGGAGAUGAUAGGAUUGAAAUUGGGGAGCCAAGUCCAUUAAAAAUUCCCUAUGUGGAUGAAUAAAAUUAAAUAUAAUAAUAUAUAUUUAUUAAAAAGAAUUGUUUUUAAGCUUUAAAUUGUUACUUUAAAUGAAUUAUAGACAAUGGAUCUUAAAUGGAUGAUUAUCAAAUCGAUAUUUGGGAUUACUUUUGUUAUUAUCAUGUUGGAAAGUAGUAAAAUAAUAUAAUUUAUCACUUUUUCCUAA